AUGAACCUGAAGCAUCUAGAUGCACUUGAACUCGCAGCCAUAGCUACAGCCGGUCUUGCAGUUCUUUUACUCCUUAUCACUUUACUUUACUUUCUCAUACGUCAUCUUCGAAAAUAUCAUUCAACAAUUUCCAUCCCAUUUUCCUUCUCGACCAAAUUAUUUCAUUCUCACGAACCUACAACUCCAUCAGCAUCAACAGACGCGACACUUGUAACUCCUUCAGGAUCAGUUUCUUCAAGACUUAAAAAACCGAAAUCUAAAAGUCCUACAAACCAUUUAAAUCUCAUAAAUCCUAAAGAUAAAGAUCCAAUGAGUGCUAGAUCGAAAGAUUUAAGAAGUGAAAGUGAAGAAAUAGUAAUGGUAACUUAUGAAGAUGGUUUAGCAAGGAUGGGAUUAAAACCACAUCAUAUACUUUAUGCUGAUCCACCACCAUUUGAUCAAAUUUCACCACGUUCUCCACCUAGAUUAUUUGGUAAUUCCCAACAAAUAUCUAGCAACACUUCACAGAUGAUUGGUACAUCUCCACGAGUUGAUCAUUCUUCCCGUAGACAAAUAUCAACAGGAGAUAGAUAUGGUGAUGGAGUAGAUGGAAUAUCUACUGUUCCUGCUUUAGAAUCAACGAUAGGUGGAGCUGGAAUGGGUACGAGGGAAAUAGUUAAUGCUUAUAGGGAAAUGAUGAGGAGAGAAAGUCGGAAUUUACAAAGAAAUGACAUGAAUGGACAAGAAGGUAGUCCUAGGAUUUCACCUGGUAGAAAAAAUAGAAGAGAGAGGGAAGAAAGUGAUAGGGAAGAAGAAAGAAAUGGGAGUGUUAGAAGAGAAGGUGAAAGUGUUUGGUUACCUAGUUAUUAUCAAACUAGUUUAUCAAGAGGGAUAGAAUUAGCAGAUAGGGAUAGACCAUGGGAUAGACCUGGUGGUAGGAUUUAG